UCGUGGUUCAUCAUGGAGAUAAUGAGGGAUGCAAAGCCGUGGAAGCUGCCCCCCGCCCUGGACAAGUACAAGAGCACGUAUCGCAAGGAUUUCGGCUGGCACGACGAUUUCCACUCACCCAUCCAGGCGCACGUACCGAAACCUUCGUACCCUCCACUGGCAGAACUCCCCAAGUGCUACCUGCCGCAGUGCCGCUCCUCCGACCUGCGGCCGAGACGGGCGGGGAAACUCGAGAUCCUGGCGGAGCCCAUGCACGACCUGUCUUGUUGUCCUCCCCUUCCAGCUCCUGCUCUGACAUCUGAAUCUGAGGGGGCAUUGGCACUGAGGGAACCACCAUCUUCAAACUUGCUCACCUACCAGCAAUUCGCCCAGGAUUUGUACCAGGAGAGGCAGUACAAUGCUGAUCAAAACAAGCACAACAACAUGAGCUCAUCUGUUUUAAUACAAGACUCCUCUGACCCUGACUGGAAAAGUGUCUACCAGCAAGAUUACCAGCGCAGGAAAGGAAUCCCUAGUGAGCUCUACACAGAGGAGAUAAGGCCUUCUCCUGUUUUCCCUGAGGAAAAUCGCUUCAAUGAGGGCCGCUGGGUUACUGAGUAUGCAGACAGCUACAACAUCUUCCUGAAGAGGCUGGACUGGUCAUCUCCCAUCUUUGGCCAGUGGCUGCCCUUUGGGAAGGACGCACGAUGGACACCGCGAUGGAGAGAGCCCGCUCACUGACUGGGGAUGAAGUGGCUGUGAUCUCUGGCCCUCCAAGCUGCCUGUGUGAUACAGAUCAUCAGAGACAAUAAAGAAAGCCUUGGAAACCUCAUCUCUACCAAAUGCAUUGCCAUGUCUGUCAGAAAUGUUUGGCAAAGACCUCUUUAAGUGCAAAUCAUAUUAGAAUCUCCCAGGA